AGAAAAAUGCCGUUAAGAAAAAUUUGCAUUAACACAAUGUUUUGAUAGCACUGGAUUGAUGUUGAUUCUUGAAUAUCUUGUAGGCAUGGUUUUCUCCAAGAAGCAUUUUAUAGUGUGUGUGUAUAUAUAAAGUAAAUUAAACUGAAGUACAAACUAAAUUUUGUAGUGAAAUGAAAACUUUUAACAAUUACUCCACUUAUGUUUGAAAGGAUUUUCGAAUGUACCUGAAACUAUGGCGGCAAGUUCUAAAACAACCGAUUCCUCAUACAGUGACACUCUUCAAAGUAACAUGGACUUUGAUGGAAUGCUUUCUGAAGGCUUGCUAAAAAUUCACCAUGGACUUUUAAGAGCAAAAGAUAGGGGUCAAGAUUUUCCAUACUCAAAGUAUGAUAUUAUUAGUAAUUUUUCUGCUAAGUAUAAGAAAGAAUCUUGGGCUUUUCUCAAAAAGCACAGGAAUAUGUAUCAUGGGUUGGAUAAGCAGACAUUGGAAUUGAUGCAAGAUAUUUUAUCCAGAACAGAACUGAGAGAUGAUGAUAUUGAGAUGUACACCUUAGGGCUUAAGGCCCUGACAGCAAUGUCACCACAUGGAAAUGAUGUAGAACUGGAAAACUCAAGUUCUGGAGGAAAACUGGAGGACCUUAAUGCCAGAAGGAACUCCCAUCCACCGAACAGUUGCUCUGGUCAUUCAGAUGUAAAAACUGCAGUGUCCAUUUCUUCGUGUGAAAAGGGAUGCAACUUGAAAGGGACACAGCCUGAAUUUUUUGGUGUUUUGAAAGAAAAGUUGCAACAAAAAGAUGGAGAAAAUCAACAGAUUGUUCGUUUACUCGUGCUAAAACAGCAUGAACUGACCGAAGUUUCAAAGCUGAGAGAAGUGGAGGCCCAAUUCAUGACAGAACGGCUGAAAUAUGAAGAACAGAAGAAUUUUGAGAUGACAAAGAAAUUUAACCAUGUCUUUGAGGACGUGCAAGAGCAACUUUCCAUGGCCAAGAGGAAAAAUGAACACUUUAUCAGGCAGCUCAGGGCAAUUCUGGAGAAAUAUGAGCGGCUUAAAAGACGUGCUGACAACAUUAAAAAACACCUGACAGAGGAACGUACAGAGAGAAAGAAUUGUCAAAAAGCAUUAAAGAAGACCCAACAGAUGACAGAAGAGUUAUUAAUGAAUCAGGCUCUUCUGGAGGAACAAAAGGACACAGCCAAACAAGAAUACUCUGAAUUCAGGAAGAACAUGAACACAAUGGAGGAGCAACACAAUAAACUUGUUAGGACUAUACAGAAACUUGAAUAUGAGAGAUCAUCUAUGAGAGCUGAUUAUGCGAAGCUUAAAAAUCAGUUAAGUAAUACUCAGGAAGAGAACCAGAGGCUCACUCAAGCACUUCAUUCAAAAGAGCUAGAAAAGAAACAAGCUGAAAAAAGUGUACAGGAAUCUCAAAAGCUGGUUAAACAAUUGCAGGAAGAAUUUGGUGACUGUAAAAUGCAAAGAGAAACUGCUGAGGAACGGCUGGAAACAAUGAAAAAAGAAUUAAAACUGAUUCAUGACACAUACGAAGUGAAGACACUUCAGCUACAGGAGCAACUCGAGUCCUGUAUGGAGCUGUUAGAAGCGAAGAGAAAAGAGUGUGAGGCUUUAAGUGAAGUUGUCUCCAAACUGAAAAAGGACAAGCAUGCAAUUCAAGGAGAGCUGCAGUGCCUGCAGAAAGAAAAGGCAAAGUCUGAGACUGAGAGCAAAAGAGAGGAGGAGAGAAUGAGAGAGACUGUGAGUCUGCUGGAGCAUGAGAGAAAGCUGCUUCUUGAAGAAAUGGGAGACUUGAGAAAGGAUUACUUUCGUCUCAGUGAUCGUAUCACACAGAGACUUGAACAGCUGGAACAGACAGAUGCACCCAUGUGCAUCACAGACAUAUCAUCCAAUCAUCAAAUCAGAACAGCUAAGACGAAUAACUCAGUUAGCCACAUUACAUCAAAUAUGGAUAUGAUAGAGCAUAUAAGGCAGAAACUGGAGGAAGAAGAAAACACCCAGCAGAAAUAACAUGGCUCCAAAAGAGACAUUCAAGGUUGCUAUAAAUUGGACCAUUUAAAUUUUACCAUUAUUGUUAACACUGAAAAUGAAGGAACACUUUUGAAACACUGAUGAAAAUACCAUAAGGAUGUGCAUUUGCCCUCAACUGUAAAUUAAUAUUACCAUAAUGUUCCUAAUAAAGUGUCCAGUGAGUGUAUAUACUCUCAAUGUUUCAUAAACACAAUAGGAAUUUAUUCUGCUCAUUUCUACCUUUCAUAAGGAAAAAUACCAGUAGAGGGAACUGCUUUAUAAGGAGGCAUUUAAGAAGUAAUGCUGAAAAAGAAAAUUAGGCAAUAUUUUUUUUUCACCAUAGAAAUUAAGUUCUGGAAU